UCGUAUAAUCUAUCUGGCAAACUUCAAUCAGCGGGUUCAGGGCUCCGCCUCUAAAAUAGCCAGCUAGCGACAUAGAUUGUUUGCGCUUUACCUGCAAAUCAGAACAUUUAUGUAAGACUUCUUUAUAAUAAAGCAACUUCUACAUUCUGUAGAAUAUAUUUAAGGGAAAAUGGCGGGGCGGCUACCGCCUUGUGUAGUUGACUGUGGCACAGGGUACACAAAGAUUGGAUAUGCUGGAAACACGGAGCCACAGUUUAUUGUUCCGUCAUGUAUUGCCAUCAAAGAGUCGGCCAAGGUUGGAGACCAAGCUCAGCGCCGGCUGAUGAAAGGAAUGGACGAUCUGGACUUUUACAUUGGCGAUGAGGCAAUAGACAAACCAAAUUAUGCAACAAAGUGGCCCAUUCGACAUGGGAUCGUGGAAGACUGGGAUCUCAUGGAGAAGUUCAUGGAACAGGUCAUCUUCAAGUAUCUGCGGGCAGAGCCAGAAGAUCACUAUUUUCUCUUGACAGAGCCUCCCCUGAACACCCCUGAGAACAGGGAAUACACGGCGGAGAUCAUGUUUGAGUCGUUCAAUAUUCCGGGUCUUUACAUUGCUGUACAGGCGGUUCUGGCGCUGGCUGCCUCCUGGACCUCCAGACUGGUGGGCGAGAGGACCCUGACGGGGACGGUGAUUGACAGCGGGGACGGGGUCACCCAUGUCAUCCCGGUGGCGGAAGGCUAUGUAAUUGGCAGUUGUAUUAAGCACAUCCCCAUCGCUGGUCGGGACAUCACUUACUUCACCCAGCAGCUUCUGAGGGAGCGGGAGGGGGGGACCCCACCGGAGCAGUCCCUGGAGACCGCUAAAGCCAUCAAGGAAAGGUACAGCUACGUGUGCCCCGACCUGGUCAAGGAGUUCAACAAGUACGACACGGACGGCUCCAAGUGGGUCAAGCAGUACACCGGCGUCGACGCCAAGAGCAAGAAGGAGUUCACCGUCGACGUGGGCUACGAGCGCUUCCUCGGCCCCGAGAUCUUCUUCCACCCGGAGUUUGCCAACCCUGACUUCACCCAGCCCAUCUCUGAGGUGGUUGAUGAGGUCAUUCAGAACUGCCCUAUUGACGUCAGGCGGCCCCUCUACAAGAACGUUGUUCACUCGGGAGGCUCGACUAUGUUCAGGGACUUUGGCCGUCGUCUGCAGAGGGACCUGAAGAGGUCAGUGGACGGCCGACUGAAGCUGAGUGAGGACCUGAGCGGUGGCCAGUUAAAGCCUAAACCCAUCGACGUGCAAGUCAUUACCCACCACAUGCAGAGGUAUGCUGUCUGGUUUGGCGGGUCCAUGCUGGCAUCAACUCCAGAGUUUUACCAAGUCUGCCACACCAAAAAAGACUAUGAGGAGAUUGGUCGCCAUAACCCUGUUUUCGGCGUCAUGUCUUAAAAGUAACUUAACUCAGUUAUAACUAAGGCUUGCAGUUGGAGGAGAAUGGGGAUGACGGCGAGAGACAUUACUGCGCUACGGCUGCAGCUUGACGAAGCCUAUCCCGGGCUGUGCCUACAGACAAAAUACAGGAAGUGAAUGAAAUGAAACUGGAAUGACUCCAUUGUAUUCCUGUGGAUAAUUACUUGUUUCACUAUAGAAUGAACUAUCAGGCUCAAAACUUCAGUGAAUAUCUGUAAAACAGGAAAUGCUGUCUUAAAGCCAAAUGUGUAUCCAUUGCAUAUUUGGCAACACAACCAUGCUGUGUAAGAUCAUUGUAAUAAAGUCACAACAUGUAUGGUAAUACGUCCAAUGAAUCUUAUUAUGGUAUCAACAC